AUGAUACAGCCCAUCGGAGUCAGGACCAAGGAACUGCCUGAGCUCAGAGCCUAUCAAAACAUUCAGUCGGCGUCUGCCUCCACGACAUUACCGAGUAUUACGCAAGGAGAACCAAAGAGCGAAGACGACCUCCAUGCCUCCAUCCAUGCCGAGGGAAGCACUGAGGGAAGCAUUGAGAAAAGAAUCGCAUUGACCCAAGGUCAAAGCAACCGCACCAGCGUUGACAGUUCUGUUCAAGAGACCAACAGCACCCGUCAUUUCCCUCCUGGUGCCAGCGUUGCAUCAAUAAAACUGCGCUUGUCACUCGAUUCCAUCGACUGCAGUCUACUAGAUGAGCCUGAUCUGCACUGGAGAAAAAUCCUAAUCUACGCCCUCCCAAGGCAAAGCCAGUGCGAUAUGCUGAUCUCGUACUUUUUCGAGAAUAUGAAUUGGAUGAACCAGUCUAUUCACGGGCCAUCCUUCCGUGCUGCUUACGCCGAACUUUGGACGACACAUAUCAAUGAUAUACGUCUCCCUUGGCUUGCGCUGCUUUACAUGAUCCUGGCUCUAAGCGCAGUGCAUGUCCCCACCCAGCUCGCAGAAGCUGCUGGAUUCGAAGUUACAGAUAUGGCCAGAUUAACUGAGCGUUGGUUUUCGGCCUCACAACAAGCCCUACGCGCCGGGGGCCGUGAAUUUCAACCAGAACUGGAGUACAUUCAAGUAUUUGUAACAUCGCAACUCUACUGUCUAGUGACUAAGAAGGUGGAAGCUCUGAAUAUUCAUCUAGGACAAGCUGUUCGCGCUGCGCAAGCGUUAGGACUAGAUAAAGAAAGCCCACCUUCCGUGGAGAGUUAUGUGGAAAGAGAGAUGCGACAUCGCGUAUGGUGGGAUCUAGCGUCAACGGACACGUUUCAGUCCCUCUGUAUUGGUCGCCAACCCUUGAUACAAAGCUACCUGUCGCCUGUUCCAUUCCCUUCGAAUUGCAACGAUGCCGACAUUACUCCAGAGCGAGUAAAUGCGAAACCCUUGUCCGAACCCACCCUUAUGAGCGGACAUCGCUUUCGUUCCAGACUGUUCAAACGCAUCAACAGAUUGUGCAUUAACAACGGGGCCAAUAUGGCUUCUUACGAUUUUGUUGCUGAGAUAGACGAUGAAAUGAAGCAGAUUUUGGAGGAUGCACCGUGGUUCCUGCAAAACGGCCAAAGCUUCGAACAGCACAUACUCGCUCCUGACGUUAGCAACAUUAUAGGAUGGCAUUAUCACUUUAUCCACAGCUUUGUGUGCGUACAACGCCUACGCAUGUUCCGACCAUUCCUCAGCCCACCCAUAGGGGACUCAUGGCAGCGAUGUUGUGAAGCCAGCUCAUCAGCCCUAAGCGUGUACAAGUCAAUGCGCAGCUUCCAGCCUAGUAUAGUGCAUUGGCAACGGACUCCGAAAGCAUAUGUUGGUGCUUAUCAAAUACUUUCUCCUGCCAUUAGUUUGGCGACAUUUCUCCUUGUUGAGCUGCCAUCGAACAUGGAUAACUUGAGGGCCGAUAUCGAGAUGGUUCUGGACGACCUCCAUGCCUUUAAUAACUUGGCAGCAGAGAGCCACCGGCUACAACUUUUCGUAGACGGGGAAAAAGCCAUCCGCGUAAUUCUGCGGCUUUACGAUGAAAGACUUCGGCUGUUUGAGCUAGCUAGACAGAAUCAGGGCACUGGUGGUUUACAAUCCGCGCUUCACCCGCAGGAAGGCACUUCCAAGAUUCUGGUGCCAACACUAUCUGCUAUUCUCGGGGGUGAGUCCACUGCUCGACAGUAUCUGCAACGCUGCGCAAUCCGAUACAUUGUGAAUGACCCUGAGGAACCGGAGAACUCUCCGAUGCGGCAAUCGCAAGGCGGGGGCAACACUGAUGGAAUGGACGUUCCCCCUAAUGAUUAUCUCGGAGAUCGCCGAACCUGGGACUACUGGGAUGAUAGAAUGUGGGAGGAUUUGAACUCUGCCAUAUUAGGCUCACAAGGAUUUUCGGCAUAG